AUGUCAAACGGAAGGGGCGUGACAAACGGAAAGGUCAUACCCAAAGGGAAAGGAAUGGGGAACGUUCCUCUUCACAAUGGACAAACCCCAAAGGGCGUAACAGGCGGGUUAACCCACCAGGUUAACGUCCCAAUGGAACAGCUAGGUGAUCAAACGGAUAUGUUGAGCGGAAAACCGGACGGAACAACUGAACAAAUGGACGAAGCAACUAAUCGGCCAACUAAACCAACUCACCAAGUGGACCAACUAAUCAAUCCCCCCAACCAACUCCCCUCACUGAGCAAUAACUCCCCAAGUAAGGAGAACGAACAAAAAUCGAAACGAACAUCGAUCAGAAGAACAAGUCUCGAAAGGAAAAAAGUAAAACCAUCCUAUAGGAAUUCAGAAAAUUUACCCACUGAUGUGUAUUUUUAUCAAGGCUCCUAUGUAGCCAAUUGGUGGGAAACGCAACAGAAGAAACAAUUCAAAGUUCCUUUUAAAAUAUCAGAGCAUGGAAUAAUCAAAGCCAAAAAUCUGGCCAUCAUUUCCAGAAUCAUCAGAUCAUCCUCUGUGCAACAAGUCAAUUCCAUUUUAUCUCAAAUUGAGGAAACAGAAAAUAUCACAGACUUAAACUAUAGUGCCAUUGCUACAUUAGCGAGUAAAUAUAUUAAGGAAAAUUCGGAAGGAGGAGUAAUAUGA